CCAGGGGUGUGGCUUGCUCUAUGCCGGUGCUUUCAUUGGCGGAGCUCGGCUGUUGAGGGUGGAUCCGCGCCGAACUAGGGUAGGACAACAAAGGGCGGCGGACUGCCACAGGCGGUGUCUGCGACCUCCAGUGCUCUGGUCUGGCCCAGGCACCGGCCUUGCGCCCGCCCGCCCGCUCCAGAUGAAGUGCGAGCACUGCACGCGCAAGGAAUGUAUUAAAAAAACAAAAACAGAUGACCAAGAGAAUGUGUCAGAGGAGGCGCCCAGUCCAAUCCCGGAAGACAGAGAGACAGGAGAAUUCCAUAAGUUGGCUGAUGCCAAGAUAUUCUUGAGUGACUGCCUGGCAUGUGAUAGCUGCAUAACUGCAGAAGAAGGAGUCCAGCUUUCCCAGCAGAAUGCCAAGGACUUCUUCCAUGUUCUGAACCUUAAUAAGAAAUGUGAUACCUCAAAGCACAAAGUGCUGGUAGUGUCUGUGUGCCCUCAGUCUUUGCCUUAUUUUGCUGCUAAAUUCAACCUCAGUGUAACUGAUGCAUCCAGAAGGCUCUGUGGCUUCCUCAAAAGUCUUGGGGUACACUACGUGUUUGAUACGACGAUAGCUGCGGAUUUUAGUAUCUUGGAGAGUCAAAAGGAAUUUGUGCGUCGCUAUCACCAGCACAGUGAGAAGGAACGCGUGCUGCCCAUGCUGACCUCUGCCUGUCCUGCCUAUGCUGUGAUCUGCUCCGCUGCAAGUUGCAGAGGCUGGGUCCGGUAUGCAGAGCGAGUGCUGGGCCGCCCUGUCACCCCCCAUCUCUGUACUGCCAAGUCCCCACAGCAGGUCAUGGGCUCUUUGGUGAAGGAUUAUUUCGCCCGACAGCAGAGCCUGUCUCCAGAGAAGAUUUUCCAUGUCAUUGUGGCCCCUUGCUAUGACCGGAAGCUGGAAGCUCUUCGAGAAGGUUUUUCCUCCACUUCACGUAGUUCCCUGGGUGCUGACUGUGUGUUAACGUCAGGUGAAAUUGCUCAAAUAAUGGCACAAAGUGACCUGUCUGUGCAGGAUGCUACCGUGGACACUCUCACUAAUGAAGGACUUACCUUCCUCUGCCUGAUGAGGUUUGGCGACUCAAAGGAGGAAAUGGUGAUGCGCCACGACGGAGCCAGCUCAGAUGGUCACCUGGUACAUGUCUUCAGAUAUGCGGCCAAGGAGCUGUUCAAUGAGGAUGUGGAGGAAGUCACUUACCGAGCCCUGAGAAACAAAGAUUUCCAAGAGGUCACCCUUGAAAAGGAUGGGGAGGUUUUGUUGCGCUUUGCGGCUGCAUAUGGUUUUCGGAACAUCCAGAACAUGAUCCUGAAGCUAAAGAAAGGCACAUUCCCAUACCACUUUGUGGAGGUCCUUGCAUGCCCUGGAGGAUGCUUAAAUGGCAGAGGCCAAGCCGAGACCCAGGACGGGCACGUGGACAAGGCCCUGCUGCGGCAGAUGGAAGGUAUCUACUCUGAUAUCCCUGUGCGGCCCCCAGAGACAAGUGCAAACGUGCAGGAGUUGUACCAGCAGUGGUUAGAUGGAGUCGACUCCCCUAAAGCCCAGGAGACACUGCAUACCACGUUCCAGAGCCCUGAGCAUUGUGCACAUAGCCUGGACAUCAGGUGGUAAAGGGCACAGGGCAGGCCAUCCAGCUGUCUUGGCCAGGGCAACUCUGUGUAGGACGAGGGUACUGCUGUGAAUGUGGAGUAUUAAAGACAUUUAAAGAAAA